GCCGGCGCGCGCGCGCGCCUGUCUGGGAAGGGGGCGCCAGCCCAGCACGUGGCCAGCUGCGUGUCCUUCCGACGAGUGGCGCUUCCCUUCUGACGUCACGCUGACGUAAGAGCGUCAGAUGGGAGACGGGAGUCUCUCUCCUUUCCUCACGAGGGCCUGACGCUUCUCCCCUCACGGCGCAGGCGCAGAGGCCGCCGCCGGCUCCCGUUCCAUUCGCAGGGACGGCAGGGGCGCCGGGUGAGUGGGAGACGCGCGGCCGCGGCAGCACCGCCCGCCCGCCCCGGGCUGGUGACCGCCGGCACCAUGAAGAUCUGGACCUCGGAGCAUGUCUUCGAUCACCCCUGGGAAACAGUUACAACAGCUGCUAUGCAGAAAUACCCAAAUCCCAUGAACCCUAGUGUGAUUGGAGUUGACGUACUAGACAGACACAUAGACCCCAGUGGAAAGUUGCAUAGCCAUAGACUGCUCAGUACAGAAUGGGGGAUGCCUUCUAUUGUAAAAUCACUCAUCGGUGCUUGCAGAACAAAGACAUAUGUUCAGGAACACUCUGUAGUUGACCCUGUGAAAAAAACCAUGGAACUUAAGUCAAGUAACAUUUCAUUUACAAAUCUAGUGUCAGUAGAUGAGAGGCUUAUCUAUAAACCACAUCCUCAAGAGCCGGAAAAAACCAUUUUGACUCAAGAAGCAAUAAUCUCUGUGAAAGGUGUCAGUGUCAGCAGUUAUCUCGAGGGAUUAAUGGAAAACACUAUUUCUUCCAAUGCGAAUAAAGGCCGUGAAGCAUUGGAAUGGGUAAUCAGUAAAUUGAAUGCUGAAAUUGAGGAGUUCACAGCUUCAGCAAGAGGAAGCAUGAGGACUUCUAUGGCAGCAGCAGCAUUUGUAGAGAAAUAAUAGUGAAUACAGCUAUGUCAAUUAAUAGCUCUAAGUGUCUGAAAUAAGCAAACUAAAACUUCUCUCCAAGUUGAAAUAUAUUUAUUCUUAUAUUUGUUAUUUAAAAGUAUAUUUGUAUAUUAGGUAGGUUUUAAAUGAAAACUUGGAGAGAAGUUACAAAUUCUUGUGACUGAAGGUUAUGUGCUGGGGCUUCACUAACAUGUUAGUUCCAUUGGACUGAACAUUUGUUUCAAAUGAAAUAAUCUCCUAACAUUCAGAGCUUGUUCCUGUAUUUAGAUGAACAUUUAUAUAAAAUAGUUUUUAUCCUAGGUUAGAUUGCAGAUGUUACAGGAGGUUGACAUGUUAGUGAAUCCUACUUGGUUGGAAUUUAGUGGUUUGAUUCACAGACUCUACCUCUUUUGGGACCAAGCCCAUAAUUAAGCAAAAUAGCUUGUGCUAGUAAAGUUGGUGAUAUGUUUGUCUUGGGCAGUUGAAUGAUAUAACUUGAUUUAGAUGGAAGGUUUAUUACUUGAAGUCUGAAGUAUAAAUGAAUGUUUGUAUAAAAAAUACUUGUUUUGAUAAACUGCUGUUAAAAAGUUAUUGGAUAGCUGAGCUAAAACGGUACUUUUAAAGUUAACUAUAUCCAUCAAACAGCAUCUUAAAACUCCCAAUAAAAGUCACUGCAUAGUUUUGAAUAGUGUACUUACCUGCUGAGGGCCAAGUUCUGUUCUUAAAUAUGAAAUUGCAUGUUACAUGCCAAUAACUGAGGGAAGAACUUAGCCCUAGAUGCAUACUCCUUUUUUGUCACCAUCACAAUAAAAAGGAAAACAACUUCUAUUUAGAAAGGUACUGUAACCACAUGUGCAUUUUAGCAUGUAAUUUUGUAGACCAUUAAAGCUUCAUAGAAAAGUAGAAAUGUAUUUUGAAAUUCAGAAGAAAAACUUUCUUGACGUUAUUAGAGGAAUUUUAUAGCAGUGAGACUGAAAUACUUCCUCAUAUGUUUACAGGAGUUGUUACAUUGCUAAACAUGUUUAAAAUGUUGCCUAAUCAUGCUUCAAAAAUACUCAUUAAGCGUGGCAUCACAGACUAUUUGGGUGUCCUUUAAUUUAAACACAGUAUUUUGCAUUUAAUUUUGUAUGUAAUACUCUGCCUCCUUUAUAUCUUAUUGAAAUAAUUGUCUGCUUAGAAACAAGGCUUUUAAAUGAAAGACAGGAAUCAGAAUUUAGAGGAGGGUUCGGUAAUCUUGUUUCUUGGUACUGGCCACAGAUUCUUGGUGCUGUCUCAUUCUUAAAUUCCCACAGCUUAUUGCAAAUGGUCAGAUUUUUGCCAACUGUACUGAAGUCAAGUACCAUAUUACUCUGCAGAUAAAUCCAUUGGAAUCGGUGAGGAUUUCUCAUAAAAUAAGGGCUUGUCUACACUGAUUUGUCUACAUGGCUUGUGUAGCUGCAGCACAGAAUUUAGAGAGCUCUCCCAGCACUCU